GGUGGUGCAAUUGCUGAAAUGGCUCCCACACAUCGCCAGUGCUCCAUUGAAAUUAAGAAUGAAACCAAGGACUUCAGCCUUGGUAAUCCCAGCAUUCACAUUGUGAGUGGAAGCUGUGCCAUACCUCCGCCACCUUUCAUCGAUCCUUCCAAAUCUGGCAAUGCGCAGUUUGUCAAGACUCCACACACAGCAUGUGGAUCUGUUGGUGUCUUCACUUAUGAUCUCCUGAAGAAGGUUGCAGACCAGCCCGCUGUGAAGAUAGCUGUCAUGUUCUCUGUGCCCUAUGACUUUAACAUGUACUCAAACUGGUAUGCAGUGGGAAUCUUUGAUAAGAGCAAAGAGUGUAAUUAUGAUCUUUAUUAUGAGAUGUAUAAUAACACAGGCAGGUCAUUUGUCAGACAUAAAGCAAAGGACCCAUGUCUGACUCAUAAGGGUGAUCAUGUGACAGUCACGGCUACAAUGUCAGACUCCUACCAACCUCUCAUUAAACUGCAAGUCAGAGAUCACUGAGUAGACAGUGACUCAAAUGUAAAAUGACAAUCAAUUCAUUGAGUCAUUUGUGUAUUUUACCACAAUUAUAUUGUCAUUUUACACAUGAUUACACAGAUGGUUUUGGGCUGUCAGAGUAACAUACUGAUCGGGAAAAAUCAAAACAUUGUUCCAAAUCAUUUAAUAGCUGUAGGCUGACUGGUUUUGAAAUGCAGAAGUUUGAAUACCUCUCCUCU